AUGGAGCUCAACAGCAUCGCCGGGUCUAAGUCCAGCAAGCUCUUGCCAUGUGAUGCUCCACGACAGCAGGCAGAAGAUCGUGCUGAAAGCACCGAAGGCCAGGUUCCAGACAUUCCAGUCAGUUCCAUCGAGGUCAGCAAACGCGAGGACGACCCACAUCGGGCAACUCCACCGAGGAGAGUUGCAUCUGUGAAAAUCGCUGCCGGUGGUGCUAUUGACCGCGUUGAGUUCCAGUACAGUGAUGGGUCCAAGUGGUCUCUCGGUGGGCCCGGUGGAGACAAGGGCAUUCCCCCGCUGAUCCUCGCAGAGGACGAGUACAUCGAAGAGGUGCGUCACGAAAGUCUUCCACAGUGGUGGUACGUAGGAUCGUCACUGGAGUUCCGCACAAACAAGGGCAAGAUCUUCCGCCAUGUCGCUGGUUGGGGAAGUGGAGAGGAAGAAGACAUGGUGUGCUUCAAAGCGAAGCCUGGGAAGUGCAUUAUGCGCUUGCUCUUGCAUGAUGGCGAGCUCCGAGGGAUCAUCGAAGAAGAUUGCCACGUGGCACAGGGCACGGAACUCGAGAUGUUCAUGGCUUACUGGACCCAGGAAGAUGGGCAUGGAAGCAGCGGCAUGCGAGAGGUUAAAUGCCCGAAAGGCCACGCCAUGCGACAGGACUGGUCCCGGACGGGGCACAUCUGCGACGAAUGUUCACGGAGGGGAACAGCUGCUCGCUGCGGAGGAGGCUGUGACUACGAUCUUUGCGAGAUUUGCUACAGACAUCAUGCGGAGGGCUGGGCUUCGGCAGUGCAGAAGAGGGGUUUCGCCAGCCGAGAUGCAGCCAUGACCUUUGCCAGCCGCAACGGAGCCCCGCUUGGUGGUGUGCUACUCCUGGGUCCUCUACGCUUGGAGCUGGAGGAUCACCCCUGGCUGGAUGGCUGGAGAGAGCUCCGUGAGGCGUCCACAGGAUGGUGCAGGCAGCUACGAAGUCUCUUCCGACAGGCGCGUGGACUCAAUCCAGGCCCCAUCUUGCCAACUGACAGGACGGGCGUUGCUGCAGCCCCCGACCGAUCGCCGGCUGGGCUUAUCGUCGAUGUUCGUCGAGGAACGCGAAUCAGGGCUUGGGGGCCGCAGGAGAGGUUGGCCAUGUGCGAGAAGGCCGCGGCGGAUGCAGGCGAGUUCAAUGUUUCCGAGUGGGCCACAAACAGCAGCUCAGUGAAGGGGAUGUUGGCCUGGGCGAGGAGGACUGGCCCUUUAGUGUGGAGAGUGCUGUCCUUGCUGGAUUGGCGAAGGAACUUGUCGAGCUCCCUUUGUGUCGGUUCCUGCAUUAUCAUCCGGUCAGCCUGUGAUGCUUGGCAGCCAGUUCUCACUGGUGCGGUUUUCAAUUUGGUCAAUGGAGACAAGCACGAGGUUGAGCGGGAGUCCCAUUUUCUGUACUUCCUGUGCAGCUGGACCUUCGGAUGCUCUGGACGCCUUCCGUUGGCGCGCUCCGUGAUUCUGGGCCUAAUGCUUGCCGCUGUGGUGCAGGGUGUGGCCAGAGUGAUUGGCGAUGGUGUCAAGAAGGAGAUGCGGAACAGGCAGAACAGCGAAAUGCGUGCAGCGAUGUUCGAGCACUUGCUGGCGCAGGACCAGGCUCUCUACGACACCUUACGGCAGCGUGACUUGGUCCGAAAGGUGGAGCUGAGGGCGCUCAACGAGGUGACGGAGUGGGUAUGGGGGAUGACUGCGGAUACGGUCAAGCUUGUCACUCAGAUGAUCUUUCUUUUUGCAAUUUCGCCAUUGAUGACGUUGGCCUAUACUGUGCUCCUGCCCAUGAUGGAGCAGAUCAUGCGAAGGUUCUGGGAACGAAGUCUUCGUGCGCAGCUUCGCCGUGAAGACGGUUUGCAUGCUGUGUCGUCUUAUGUCGUGCAGGAAGCUGUCUACAUGAUCAAGACGGUCAAGUGCUUCAGCAGAGAGGACAAACACAUUGCUCUGGUAUCGCUUGCGGCGAAGGAUGCCAUGAAGGAAGCCUCUCCAAAUGGAGGUCCUUUGUUGUCUCGGCUCCGUGGAGUUAGGCACGGAAUCGCCAACCUGCUGCCAGACAUUACGCAGCGUGCAGUCUACUGUUUUUGUCUCUGGUGCGGCCUUGUAUGGAUGGAGAGAGAUUUUUCCGCUGGCGACAUGACGGCGUACUUGCUUCUGAUCCAGCAGGUGGGUGGCUUGGUGCAGCGGGUGCGCCACCAAUUUUGGGAGCUCCAAUGGCGUCACGACCUUCUCUUGGAUCACUUCGAGUUCAUGGAUCGCACGCCUCAAGUUGUCUCAGGGAUGCACACGGCUGAGGUUGGCGGAGACAUCGAGUUUCGAGAAGUGGAGUUCGCCUAUCCAGCACGCCCGGACGUUCAAGUUCUCAGGGGGGUGAGCUUUGAAAUGGCCCGUGGUCAGAUGACUGCGCUAGUUGGCGCAUCUGGCAGCGGGAAAAGUACAAUCGCAAGCCUUCUUUUUCGCCAUUACGAUCCUCCCGUUGGCGAGAUCUCGGUUGACAAGGUGAAGCUUUGUGAUUGGAAUACAAGUUCAUUGCACUCGCAAAUGGCGUUGGUUGCCCAGCAGCCCCUGCUCUUCGACACAAGUAUCCGAAAUAAUCUUACCUAUGGUUGCCGAAGGGAUGUCCUUGACGAAGAGAUUGAGGCAGCUGCUCGCAUGGCGUCUGCGCAUGAUUUUAUCCUCGGAUUUCCAGCUGGCUACGACACCUAUGUGGGUGACCAAGGGGCUCACAUGUCCGGUGGUCAGAAGCAGCGGCUCAGCAUUGCGAGGGCUGUUAUCCUGAAGCCUCAGAUUCUGGUGCUCGACGAAGCGACGAGUGCUCUCGAUGCAGAAGCUGAGGGGGCUGUGCAGGACGCACUGGAUGCUGUCAUGUCCGGGCGAACGACACUUGUCAUCGCACACCGUCUUAGUACCAUCCGAAAUGCCCACAGCAUCGUCUGCAUGAGGGACGGGCAGAUCGUGGAGCGAGGUUCUCCUAAGGAGCUUCUGGCCAAACAGGGGUACUAUUGGAGCCUGGUGCGUCGCCAGGUCUGCACUCUUGAUGACCUCUCCGACUUCAACCUGGCGUUGGACCAACAUCCUGCUGAGACUGCAGAGGUGAGCCCAGCCAGCCAGGACAAAGCCAGUAGCUUAACCUCUCAGAACGCCAGCGCUUGGCUUCUUGGAGCGAUUGAGGCGCGAGGUGUUGGCGUCAUCUCCGAGCCUGAGAUCAGCACGUGCCUCCAGCUUCCAUCUCAGAGUGCUGUCAUUGUUGCGUCCGAUGGAGUCUGGGAGAAGGUGACAUCGCAAGAGGCUGCGGCGAUCACUGCUGCAGCUUUGAAGCUCAAUGGCGGAGAGCAAGGAGCCAGCAUCGCAGCCAAAGCCCUGGUGUCGGAGGCGAGGUCGCGCUGGAUUCAGCAAGGUGGAGAUGUUGACGACAUCACUGCCGUUGUGAUCGAAAUGGGUGAGGCUGUAUGA